UACCAGGCUUCAGCAAUAAUUCAUCUAAUAUAAAUAGCUAUAAAGCUAGCCUCUCGACUAAUAUAAACCACUCUGAAGUUUUACCAGAUAAAUCAGCAGAGAUGGGACGACCAAAGAUUCAAAGUUCUACUUCCUCACAUGCAGUAAAAAAAA